CUGGAGAAUGGAAUUUGGGGAAGAUGGAGUUUUGCAGUGCCUCACUCUUUUCUCAUUUCCCCUGGCUGGAGGGAGAAUUUGGGUUUUGCACAUCUGCAGGAAAGAGCUCCCCAUUGUCCUUUGAGGAGGUAACCGUAUUCUUCACAGAGGAGGAAUGGGCUCUGCUGGAUCAAAGCCAAAGAAAAUUCUUCUGGGAAGUGAUGGAGGAAAAUUACAAGACUGUGGCCUCUCUGUGGGACUACAUUUCCCAGAAGGACUUGCAAGCAUCAUGGAGGUCAACCCUGCCUUUUCUAGGUGUCCACGGGGCAGUAUUUCUUCGAGAUGGAGACAGAAAUGUAUGGAAUAUAGAAUUCCACAGGGCCUCUCUUCUUUCGUGUUUCUGCCAGCUGGUGGAAGAAUUUGGCUUUUGCAUGCCUGCAGGAAAGAGAUCCCCAGUGUCCUUUAAGGAGGUAGUCGUGUCCUUCACGGAGGAGGAAUGGGCCCUGCUGGAUCCAAGCCAAAGAAGACUCUUCUGGGAAGUGAUGGAGGAAAAUUACAAGACUGUGGCCUCUCUAGUGGGAGAUGCGAGGGAGAUGGUGAGUGAGAAGGAAUCGAGAAGGAGAGUUGUGGAAAAAGGCAUCACUCAGCAGAUGGAUGCAAGAUCUAGGGGUGGAGUGGUAAAACAGAAGCAAAGAAAGGAACUGGUUUCCUGUCAGAGUAGAAAUAAGUGUGACGUCUCAGCCCAAGAUGAAACAGGAAAGAGAAAUGCAAGGCAUAAUGAUGCUGUGAAUCAAAAAGGGUUCAGCCACAAAUUCCAUGAUGAUGUUAAAAUAUAUCAGAAAGUUACAACAUGCUGGAAAAAGUGUAAAUGUAUGGAAUGUGGAAAGGGCUUUUCUCAGAAUAGCACUCUAACUGCACAUCAAAAAGUUCAUAGAGGUGAGAAACCAUAUAAAUGCUUGGAUUGUGAAAAGUGCUUUUCUCGGAAUGACCACCUAACUGUACAUCAAAAAAUUCAUACAGGGAAGAAGCCAUAUAAAUGCUUGGAGUGUGGAAAGUGCUUUUCUCUGAAUGGCAGCCUAACUGCACAUCAAAAGAUUCAUACAGGGGAGAAACCAUAUAAAUGCUUGGAGUGUGGAAAGUGCUUUUCUCUGAAUGGCUACCUAACUGCACAUGAAAAGAUUCACAGAGGGGAGAAGCCCUACAGAUGCUUUGAGUGUGGAAAGUGUUUCUCUCAGAAUUGCAACCUAACUACACAUCAAAAGAUUCAUUCAAGAGAGAGGCCAUAUAAAUGCUUGGAGUGCAGAAAGUGUUUCUCCCGGAAUGGUGAACUAACUAGACAUCAAAAGAUUCACAGAGGGGAAAAACCAUAUAAAUGCUUGGAUUGUGGAAAGUGCUUUUCUCGGAAUGACCACCUAACUGUACAUCAAAAGAUUCAUAUGGGGGAGAAACCAUAUAAAUGCUUGGAGUGUGGAAAGUGCUUUUCUCUGAAUGGCAGCCUAACUGCACAUCAAAAGAUUCAUACAGGGGAGAAACCAUAUAAAUGCUUGGAGUGUGGAAUGUGCUUUUCACGAAAUGGCUACCUAAGUGCACAUGAAAAGAUUCACAGAGCGGAGAAGCCCUACAAAUGCUUUGAGUGUGGAAAGUGCUUCUCUCAGAAUUGCAGCCUAAUUACACAUCAAAAGAUUCAUUCAAGCGUGAAACCAUAUAAAUGCUUGGAGUGCAGAAAGUGUUUCUCCUGGAAUGGUGAACUAACUAGACAUCAAAAGAUUCACACCAGGGAGAAACCAUACAAAUGCUUGGUGUGCGGAAAUUGCUUCUCUCAGAAUGGUCAGCUAACUGCCCAUCAAAAAAUUCACACAGGGGAGAAACUGUAUAGAUGCUUGGAGUGUGGAAAGUGUUUCUCUCAGAAUGGCAACCUAACUACACAUAAAAAGAUCCACACAGGGGGAAAGCCUUAUAAAUGCUUGGAGUGUGGAAAGUGCUUCUUUCAGAAUGGCAACCUUAUUUCCCAUCAAAAGAUUCACACAGGGGAAAAACCAUAUAAAUGCUUGGAAUGCGGAAAGUGCUUCUCUCAGAAUUGCAAUCUAACUACACAUCAAAAGAUUCAUACACAGGAGAAACCAUAUAAAUGCUUGGAGUGUGGAAAGUGCUUCUCUCGGAAUGGUGAACUAAGUAGACAUCAAAAGAUUCAUACAGGGGAGAAACCGUAUAAAUGCUUGGAGUGUGGGAAGUGUUUCUCUCAGAAUGGCAACCUAACUACACAUAAAAAGAUUCAUACAGGGGAGAAGCCUUAUAAAUGCUUGGAGUGCGGAAAGUGCUUCUUUAAGAAUGGCAACCUCAUUUCCCAUCAAAAGAUUCACACAGGGGAAAAACCAUACAAAUGCUUGGAAUGUGGAAAGUGCUUCUCUCGGAAUACUCACCUAACUUCACAUCAAAAGAGUCAUAGAAGGAAGAAACUAGAUAAACACUUGGAGUGUGGAAAUUUAUAA